GGGGAGAAAGGCAGAGCAAAAGGCAGAGCAAAAGCUUGAUCAAUAGUGUUGGGGAGAAGGGCAGCUAAAGAUUCGCCUGUUAUAUAUUAAAGAUUAAUUCUCAACACAGAUAGAAGCGCUCCAGGCCCUGUAGGGUUUUGCCGGUGUUUUCGCAACAAUGGGAAACAUUUGCGGCAACAAUGCAGACUGUUUUAAGCAUGAUGAAGACAUACGAUCCUUUGAGACCGAAGUCAAAGGUAAAGCGAUACAAAUGUUCGACAGCUUGAACAGUAGUGGAUCUUUUCCAACUGAUUUAUGUAAUUAUUACGUGCUGCAUGUGAGGGAUUGGAACCAGAAGAGUGGGGAAUUAGUCUUCAUACUGCAAAAGGAUAUCGAAGGGGUGAAGGGCAAGCAGAGUAAGAGGAGGAGGAAGAAAAACCUCAGAUUUCAGAAAGUUGUGGACGAGUUCGUAGACAAUAGCCGGGAGAUGCUGGAUUUAUUAUCUGAAUUGGAAAAGUUUAUAAAAUCAGCUGACAAAACCCAUAAGUCUAUUGAAGCUGUGGUUAGAGAAUACUUUGAUAAACAGGGAAACCCUACUGAUGAUCACUACAAGAGGAUUGCUCAGAAACUGAAGGAUCUCAAAGCCGGAACCAAUACCGAGCAUUUCACUAAAAGCGUACUCCCGAAAAUUGAACGUUUGCUCAAUAUGCAAAGUGAACUGCUUAAGAAGUUGAACAGAGAGAAAUUGAAGCUUGUCAAGAAGCAGCAGAUCACGGGUUAUUGGAAAAAGACCGUGGAUAUGCUAUACAUCGCUGGUGGGGCAGCGAUGUGUCUUUGCGUGGUGGCGACCGCAGUUCUAGCUUCUCCUUCUGCUUUAUCAAUAGCAGCAAUAACACUAGCUCUUGCUGCUGGUGCUGGAGUGGCAUUUGCAGGACAGCAAUGGACCUCCUCUUUUUGGAAAGAAUAUCAAGAUCAUUUAAAAGCUAAGGAGAGACUAGUUGACAAAAUGCACGUAAGCAAUAGGGCUGCAAGUAAAGGGUUGGGCAACAUUAAGCACUACUGUGAGAGGGUUGCAGAUGACAUUAAUUCACUCUUCGACCAACAGGACUUUGGAAAUUCUGAGAAACAAAUAAAUAAUGUCACAAUGCAGGAUAUUCAGAACAAGUUGGAGCCAUUUAAAGAGAAAAUUAAGACAUUGGAAGGCGAAGUCGACAAGUGCAGAACCGAACUAAUGGAGACAAGGGAUGAAGUUGCAAAGGCUGGAUCAACAGCUCUGAUUAAGAUAUAAUAUUUCCUCCUCCUUCUGUCAUGAAUGUGCUUUUUUUCUUUAUUUUAUGUUUAUUUACUUUUGCUUUGGAAUUGUGUGUCUUCCUGGUUUUGGGAGUUGUUUGCGGUUCUAUAUCUAGCUUAGUCUGAUGGUCGUCUUGCAAUAAGCGGAGUUCAACGCUAGUGUACGAUUUAAACAGACAAAAAAUUUGUGGUUAUUGUUUAAAUGGCUCAUGAUUUAUUUCUGCUCAUAA